CUUGUCAGAGCGUGCGUAUCUCUGUGAGGAGGACUCAGGUCAUCACAUGCACACGUGGGCAGAGCCCGACUGUCAGCAGCCAAAUCACAGGCACACGUGGGCAGAGCCCGACUGUCAGCAGCCAAAUCACAGGCACACGUGGGCAGAGCCCGACUGUCAGCAGCCAAAUCACAGGCACACGUGGGCAGAGCCCGACUGUCAGCAGCCUCAUCACAGGCACACGUGGGCAGAGCCCGACUGUCAGCAGCCUCAUCACAGGCACACGUGGGCAGAGCCCGACUGUCAGCAGCCUCAUCACAGGCACACGUGGGCAGAGCCAGACUGUCAGCAGCCAAAUCACAGGCACACGUGGGCAGAGCCCGACUGUCAGCAGCCAAAUCACAGGCACACGUGGGCAGAGCCCGACUGUCAGCAGCCAAAUCACAGGCACACGUGGGCAGAGCCCGACUGUCAGCAGCCAAAUCACAGGCACACGUGGGCAGAGCCCGACUGUCAGCAGCCAAAUCACAGGCACACGUGGGCAGAGCCCGACUGUCAGCAGCCAAAUCACAGGCACACGUGGGCAGAGCCCGACUGUCAGCAGCCUCAUCACAGGCACACGUGGGCAGAGCCCGACUGUCAGCAGCCUCAUCACAGGCACACGUGGGCAGAGCCCGACUGUCAGCAGCCUCAUCACAGGCACACGUGGGCAGAGCCCGACUGUCAGCAGCCUCAUCACAGGCACACGUGGGCAGAGCCCGACUGUCAGCAGCCAAAUCACAGGCACACGUGGGCAGAGCCCGACUGUCAGCAGCCAAAUCACAGGCACACGUGGGCAGAGCCAGACUGUCAGCAGCCAAAUCACAGGCACACGUGGUAGGAAGACAUGAUGAGAACAGCCAUAUUACAUGCACAGAGUCUACCUCGUCAGCAGCCUCAUAACAUGUACACGUGAGCAGAGACAGUCCCGUCAGCAGCCUCAUCACGUGCACACAUGAGCAGAGACAGUCCCGUCAGCAGCCUCAUCACAUGUAGACGUGAGCAGAGACCGUCCCGUCAGCAGCCUCAUCACGUGCACACGUGAGCAGAGACCGUCCCGUCAGCAGCCUCAUCACGUGCACACAUGAGCAGAGACAGUCCCGUCAGCAGCCUCAUCACAUGUAGACGUGAGCAGAGACCGUCCCGUCAGCAGCCUCAUCACGUGCACACGUGAGCAGAGACCGUCCCGUCAGCAGCCUCAUCACGUGCACACAUGAGCAGAGACCGUCCCGUCAGCAGCCUCAUCACGUGCACACAUGAGCAGAG